AUGGCUCAGAGACAAAAUUUAUACGAAUCUCAAAAGCAGAUCACAGAUCAGUUGACUGCAAUUUUGGCGAAGAUUGAACGCACAGAGAUACGUAGUGCAUCAAUUGCACAAUAUCAAAACCGCAUCGAUAGCUUAGAAAGACAAUUUUAUGAGAACGACACUGUUCUCAAUAAGCUUGGAGAGACAUCAGAGGUCUAUUUUAAUAAUAAGUUCUUCCAAAAUGGGAUUGAUCUUAUUAAACUGUGCAGAACUGCGAUGCAGAAGUAUGGCCAAACUUCUGCAGAAGCUAUAUUGGCGCCCAAAAAAGCAGAAAACUUAGAAGAAAGCCAAAUGGAAUCCAGCCAUCAGAAAUCAUUAGAAUCAAUUAGGAUUUCUAUAAAAGAUGAGGUGAUGGAGCAGUUAGAAAGAGCUCCAAGAGAGCCAGAGAAUGCUCCAAGAGAGCCAGAGAAUAUUCCAAGAGAGCCAGAGAAUGCUCCAGGAGAGGAAGAAAAUACUUCCAAAGAAGAGAAGGUAAAAACCCAUGAUGAAGCCGGCAUAAGAAAAGAAGAGGAAGUGACGUCCAACUUGCUCAUUCAAUUUCGUAGAGAAAUUCAAAAAUUAGAAGAAUAUUUAUCUGACAUUGAAGCAGAAAACAUUCUAAUACUCGAGCACAAAAAAAGCUCUUGGGAAAAAAUCAUGGUGGAUAUAAAACAAAUCCACCGUGAAUUAGUGGUCAAUCACUCCGUAAAAGAUGAUAUUGAUGAAGAGCUGGAGUUGAUUGACAAGCUAUAUGGAGAAGCAUUAAAGGAAAUACUAAUAAAAAUUUCCACAAUGCAAGAAGAGAAAAAAGCGGUGGUAUUGGAAACAAUAAAAAUACCAAUAUUUAGUGGAGAUAUGGAAGAGUGGUGCUCGUUCCAAAAUAUGUUCAACAGGUUUGUGCAUAUGAGUAAACUUCCAGCUGUGGAGAAGCUAGUGAGGUUAAAAACUCACGUCAGAGGAGAAGCUCUGAAAAUUAUACAAAACCUUCCGAUAACGGAAAACAAUUAUGAAGCUGCCUGGGAGAUUUUAAACCAAAGAUUUGGUAAUAAAAGGAUUUUGUUCACGAAAUUAGUGGAUAAAAUAUUAGAUCAGCCCAGUACCAACAUAAUGUCGGGCAGCAGCUUAAGAAACUUGCUGAGUAUUACAAACGAAAGCAUGCAAGCAUUAAAAGCGAUGGGAGUUAAUUUGGAAGGUGCUGAUCCAAUAAUAGCAAGAAUAAUAAUUAGAAAGCUCGAUAAAGAAGGGCUGAUUUUAUAUGAACAAAGCACACGGAAAUCAAAAGAUAUUCAAAUUCUCAAAGAUGUGAUGCAGUUUAUUGAAUUGCAAUGUGAAGCAUUGGAGGCGUCUACAACAACGAAACACAACAAUAUAGAUGGAAAUAAAAAACAUCAUUAUCGAGCAACGGUGUUCUCUACAGAGAGCAGUUACUGCAACUACUGUAGAAGAAGCGGCCAUAAAAUCCGUGAUUGCAAAAAUUUCACUGCAUUAACGGUAGAAAACCGGAAUACCUGGGUUCGACAAACAAAAAUUUGUAAUAUUUGCCUAAACCAUAGGAUGGAUAAAACAAAAUGCCAAGUAUGUGGAAGAAUGCAUAAUACACUUUUACAUAUAAAUUUUGUAAAAUCAACAGCAGCAAAUAACACUGCUAGUUCAAUGAGUACACAUUCACCAGCAAAUGUGUUACUUGCUACAGCACAAGUGAAGGUAAAGUCCCUGCAUGGCGAAUAUAUAAUGCUACGAGCAUUAAUUGAUCAUUGUUCCCAAGUGACAACAUUAUCAGAAGAAGCUUCGCAAAUAUUAGCGCUUCCUCGAAUUAAAUGCAAAACCGAAAUACAUGGUCUUGGAGGAGUAGUGGUUGGAUUUUCAAAAUCGAAAAUAAAAUUAACAAUGAAACCACGAUUUUUAAGCGACCAAUCCAUAGAAACAGAGGCGCUGAUUUUACCACAACUGACGGGAGCACAACCAGAUCAUUCGUUUAAAUUCAAUAUUGACGAAUGGAACAACUUUGUAUUAGCUGAUCCAUCACUAAAUAAAUCGGAUAGGAUUGACAUCGUGAUUGGGAUGAAUAUUAUAACAAAUAUAAUUGAGGAUGGAAUAUACAAAAAAGAUGGUAUUUUGGCGCAAUCCACAAUAUUUGGGUGGAUUUUAUCAGGCUUGGUGAAUAAGAAGACGAAUCCUAGAAAGGUUUUAUCUGCAGUUACAAAUUUGGAGCGUUUUUGGGAGCUGGAAGAACUACAAAACUUUUCCGAAGACUACGAAGAAGACAAGAUAUGUUUAAACCUUUUUAAUGAAACAACCGAAGUUGGCAACGACAACAGGAUUAUAGUUAAUCUGCCAAUAAAGAAGGAAGAAAACGAACUUGGAGACUCUAAGAAGCAAGCGAUAGCCAGACUUCUUUCACUAGAAAGAAAGCUGGAGUCAAAUCUGAAGCUGAAGGAAGACUACCAUAAAUUUAUGAACGAGUACAUACAGCUUGGUCAUAUGGAAGAGGUAAUGGUAACAAACAGCGGCAAAUAUUAUUUACCUCAUCAGGCGGUAUUAGAGAAAGCAGUCUGA